CGUGAGGUGCGAAGUGAAACACAUAUUUAAGAUGACUGUUGCGGACCCAGAGAGCUUAAGAGAUGAGGGAGGAUACUACCUCAGGAUCUUUCAGUCAUCAUUAAAUCUAAUAGCUCAUCUGCUAGUUGGAGUUGUAGUGGGUUGUACUCUGCUGUUCGUUGUGACUCAAGGUCUACCAUUGGCUCUUACACAGCGCCACAUAGUGCUAUGUGUCAUUGGUUAUCACCUAUUGAUGGCUGAAGCUAUUCUAAGUCUGUCUAACGACAAUGGUUGGUCUUCUUCAAUGAAACUCAAGGAUAAGCGACGGGCGCAUACAGUGAUGCAAGUUGUAGGGUCCCUUCUAGCUCUAUUUGGCAGCUUUGAGAAAAUGUACGACAAAAGCACAAACUUUAACACAAUGCACGGAAUAUUUGGUCUUAUAGCAGUAGUGUUUACAUCUGUCAGCCUUGUUAAUGGAUUAGCCUCGUGGUACGCUUACGAGUGGAGAAAGUGUUGUCCUGGCAACGUGUCUAAGAUAACCCACAUCUGUUUUGGAUCCUUCGCUUUCAUCGCUGCUUCGAUCUGCCUCUGCUACGGCUUUGACAAGACCUGGUUCAGAAUGUGGGCAUCAGAACCCUUCACUUACACCCUCAUUACAUUCACUGCCCUUUUAACAUUCAUUAUAAUUAUCAACCCAAUGAUCAACUUCUAUAAGAAAACUUCUCGAUUUAUUACAAAGUAAAUUAACAAUUAUAGAACAGUCUGGAAUCUCAAAGCUAAUCGCAAAUAGUUAUCGCGAAAAACGUUAUCGCUUAUUUUGUUGAAUAUAUAUUAUCGAACCAGUACUGCUCAAGAUUUAGCCUAAGAUUAUAUAACAGUAAGAUAAAUAAUUUUAUGAUAAAUUCUUGUUUUUUAAACAGAUAAGAAUGUUCUGGAAGUGUGUGACAGAAGUAGUACAUUAAGUAAUAAAUAACACAUAAUUUAUAUCUCUUAUUAAGAACACAGUACACAAAAUGUUUAAAAUAAAGUUUUUAUAACUUAGAA